GUGUGUGUCACAAUAUCUCAGUUCAGGAAGCAGUGUGAAGCAGACAGAAGAAUUACAGAGCAGAGGAGAAUGUCUGAGUAUAUCUAUGAAAGUCCAGAUGCCUGUGAGGAAUCUAAACCUAGAAGGGACACAGAUGGGGACAUAUAUGCCAAUGUGGCUGUCUACAGGAGACACACAGUUCAGGACUCUCCAACUGUUCAGAAAGCUGGACCCUUCAAGUUGGCUGUGGUGUGCUUGGUGCUGCUGUCUGUUGUCCUGUUGACUGUCAUCUUAGGGCUGUGUGUUAAGUCCCACACAGAGAGAGAUGAACUACAGACUCAGAUCUGCAACCUGGAAGUGAUGUUAAAACAGUAUGCAGUAAAUAUCACCCUGGAUCCUUACACAGCGUUUCGUAAACUCUUGCUGUCUGCCGAUAGAAAACAAGUGAGCUAUGGAUCACACAUGAACCAAAAUGACCCUGGCAAUCCAAAGAGAUUUAGUAGGGUAUCUUCUGUGCUAGCAGCAGAGGGGUUUACCUCAGGUAGAUUUUACUAUGAGGUCCAGGUUAGAGGGAAGACCAGCUGGGUGUUAGGAGUGGUAAGAGAGUCUAUUAAGAAGAAAGAAACUGUUGUACUUAGCCCUGCCCAUGGAUACUGGGGAAUAAGGAUGGAGAAUAAGAGAGUGCAUCUGUCACUAUCUGUUCCACUCACUCUGGAGCAGAAUCCACAGAGAGUGGGGGUGUUUGUGGACUAUAAGGCAGGCGAGGUCUCCUUUUAUGACGCAGACAGCUGGAAUCAGAUCUACUCUUACAGAGGUGUUGUCUUUAAUGAGCCCAUCUAUCCAUACUUCAAUCCGCGUGCGACUUAUGGAGGAAGGAAUUCUUCUCCACUGAUCAUCACCACCCCAGUCCCGUGUGAGAAACAGCCGAAGGUGUGAAAUGUUGACCCCACCAUGUUUAUUUCCCCUUGUCAUCAGAAGAAAUGUGAGAAUUUCAGCUGAGUGCUUUUACAAAGAAAGAUAUUUCAGAUGCAUCUUUUUUUUUCAUGUAACUGUGCUGAAAUGUGAAUGUGCUGAAAACAAUGAACCCUGAAAUAUGUCAUUUUCUCGUCUUGUUCUUCUGAAUAAAUAAUCUAGUUAUACAGCUCAACCAAACUUUUUACUGCAUGUGUUGUGUGCUGUCAUUUUGUCUGGCCAUCAUGUGUUCAACAGUUGAAUUCAGUUUCCUGUUCUGAAACUGUUUUCAUCUUCAAUCACAAGUCAAUUGGAAUUUAUUAGCAAAUAGCACGUUCUUUGUGUUCAUAUUUCAAGAGUACACUGUUAGAACUUGAUGUAAAAUCUGCACUUAACUGAUUUCUCUGCUUUGACCUUUGACCCAUGUGCAAAGGUGUUGGCAGCAGAGUCCUCAAAAGUGUGAAAAUGUAAACUGAUGCACAAUUUAUAUUAAGCUGUAUGUGUUUUACAGGUGUUUUGGAAGGCCACAUAUGUCCUCAAGCUUAUAUACCAAGCUGCUCUUGGGGCUCCACUAGGUUUAAAAGUUAGCGAAUUCCCUUACCAGGCCUAUACUGGAAAGGCUCUAGGACCCUGGGGAGGUGCUCUGGGGACUAGGGAGGUCGGGCCAUCCACUAAUUGCAUGCUCAGGUGCAAAUUGUUUGAUUAGUUAGGCACUGAGCGGCAACUAGUGAGACAAAGGGUUGAAAAAUCAGUGAGAAGUGGGGCUGACGAGGAGAGAAAGGUCCUGUAACUGUGUGCAAGCCUGUGGGCUAAUGGCUUUUCUGUGAUGUUUGACUACCCUUGUUUGUAAAGUUUGAGUUAGUAAAUGGACCUGCAUUGCUGGAAAACACCCUUGUUGUGUCCGUUUGAAUAAUGGCCGAUCAAAAUACAUGCACAGUACAUAAAGAAUAAAGAUAUAAAGCUGGUCAGGAGCACGUGUGUUUACAGGUGUACAAUUUGGAAAACUCGCAUCCCAAAGAAGUGUUCAGAUUUCCUUUUAUGAACUUUCCAAGGUUCAAAAAGUCACUGGCCGGGAGUCAGAAAGCAUAGCAUAUAUACGAUGCAGGCAAUAAAGUCAGCAUAAUGAAGUAUGCAUCAGCAUACUCAGCAGUAUAAAUCAGUCAGUCAUGACAGACACUGAUGAAAGAUGUCUGCACAGAUGGUUACAUUGACAGUGUUGGGUUGUUUACUUUAUGACUGUCCCCUUCUGAGAACCAUAUGAGCUGAAAAGAGCAUUACUUCAUUCCUUAAUAGCA